AUGGCGGACAACGCAACAUCCGUUGAUGUCGUCGAAGGCUGCCGCCUUCCCGUUUUGCGCAAAAACCAAGAACACGAAGACGAGUGGCCAUUGGCUGAAAUCCUAAGUGUGAAGGAAGUGUCCUCAAGAAAGCUCUAUUAUGUCCAUUAUAUUGACUUUAAUAAGCGUCUGGAUGAGUGGGUCACAUUGGAUCGACUAGAUUUGAAAAAACUCCAAUUCCCCAAAAAAGAAGCGAAAACACCCACAAAAAAUGGUCUUCCAGGGUCUCGACCCAGUUCUCCAGAAAGAGAAGUGAAAUCCAAUGAAGCCAUUCAGCCUUUUAAAGGGAUUGUUCAUCCUGUGAAGGAGGUUCCCAGAGAAACUUUGAGGAAGAGUCUCGAUCUCAACGUACAAACCACACCCACAGCUCCUUCCAGAGGCAAAUCCCUACCUGCACCGAAGAGAAAAGCAGAGCCUCCUGCCCCCCUGGCUCCUCAGGUGUCGCCCGCCCCCCCUGUGCCCUCUCUGCCAAGUUCAGCUGAAGCCUCUCAGGCAGCUGUGUAUCCGGCUGCACGAGAGAGCACCACCUUCAAGUCCCGGGAAGACCAUGAGCAGCUCUCCUCUUUAACUACGAACGGCACCACAGCAAGACGUUUAAUCCCUCCUCCAGCCGGGAGGAAGAGGAAAGCCAACUGCGGAGGCACCGAUGAGAUGAUAAAGGUUUUGCAGUAUAACAAGCCUCAAAGUGCCAGUGUCUUUCUACCACCACCAGAGACAAUAUCUAAUGUGGGAGUUGUUCUCAACCAGGAUUCCCAGGACAGCUCCGAUGGAAUCCCCACCGCACCCCGCAUGACAGGCAGUUUGGUGUCUGACCGUAGCCAUGACGACAUUGUCACACGAAUGAAAAACAUAGAGUGUAUUGAGCUCGGACGACAUAGACUCAAGCCGUGGUACUUCUCUCCGUAUCCACAAGAGCUGACGUCACUGCCCAUCCUCUACCUCUGUGAAUUCUGUCUCAAAUAUGUCAAAAGUUUGAAGUGUCUUCAAAGACAUUUAACAAAAUGUAACCUACGACAUCCGCCAGGUAACGAAAUCUAUCGCAAAGGCACCAUUUCCUUUUUUGAAAUUGAUGGCAGAAAAAACAAAACCUAUUCCCAGAAUCUUUGUUUAAUUGCUAAAUGUUUCCUGGACCACAAGACUUUAUACUAUGAUACAGACCCUUUCCUCUUUUAUGUAAUGACUGAAUAUGAUUCCAAAGGCUUUCAUAUAGUGGGUUACUUCUCUAAGGAGAAAGAGUCCACAGAAGACUAUAAUGUGGCCUGCAUUCUCACUUUACCUCCAUACCAGCGCAGAGGCUACGGCAAGCUGCUCAUCGAGUUCAGUUAUGAACUCUCCAAAGUAGAAGGGAAAACCGGCACUCCAGAAAAACCACUCUCCGAUCUAGGUCUCCUGUCCUACCGCUCCUAUUGGUCACAAACGAUUUUAGAAAUACUCAUGGACCUCAAGCCUGAUAAUGGAGAACGGCCUCAAAUAACUAUAAAUGAAAUUAGUGAGAUCACAAGUGUGAAGAAGGAAGAUGUCAUUUCAACACUACAAUACCUCAAUUUGAUCAACUAUUAUAAGGGACAGUACAUCUUGACACUUUCAGAGGAGAUUGUGGAUGGACAUGAAAAAGCCAUGCAGAAGAGACAUCUACGUAUAGACCCUAAAUGCCUUCACUUCACGCCCAAGGACUGGAGCAAAAGGGGGAAAUGGUCAACUCCAUCUUGGAAACUGCAGGUGUUUUUUUUCUUUAAAGAAAGCAACUUUAUUGAUCGUAGGUCAAGUAGCAGCAUAAGCAGACACUCUUCUUGUCUCCACCCCUGA